UGCAUGAACUGGGAUGUCUGCAACGGAUUGGUACGCGCACAAAUCCAUCGGAGAAGGUCUGUACUGGAUCCAGGAGAAGUUUUUUGAUUCGUCAAACAGAGCAAAUAUUUGGCUCCUUCGAGGGUCUCACCAAGAUGUAGUGAUAGACACAGGCUUGGGGUUGAGGAGUUUACCAGAUUACAUUAGCACCAAAGGUCUGCUUGGAGACGACCCGCAGCGAAAGAACCCCAUUUUGGCGAUCGCCACCCACGCCCACUUCGACCACUCAGGUGGUCUGCAUCAGUUCGAACAGGUGGGAGUCCACAGUGCAGAGGUCGAUGCACUGGUCAACGGAGACAACUUCGAGACCGUUACGUGGCUGUCUGACAGAGAGAUAGUCCAGGCUCCCUGGCCAGGAUGGAGGGCCAGAGGAUACAGAGUCAAGGCUGUACAACCAACACACAUACUACAAGAAGGUGAUGUCAUCAACCUGGGCGACAGGCAGCUGAAGGUGCUGCACAUGCCCGGCCACUCCCGGGGCAGCAUCUGCCUGCACGACGGGGACAACAAGAUGCUGUUCAGCGGGGACGUGGUCUAUGACGGAGCCAUGAUCGACUGGCUGCCCACCAGCCGUGUCAGCGACUACGUCAGUAGCUGUGAGCGCCUGGUGGGGCUGGUGGAUAGUGAGCAGGUGGACCAGGUAAUGCCUGGACACUAUCACACGUUUGGUGCGAAACGGCUCCACCACAUCGCCUCGGGGUACAUCGACAGAGCCGGCACCUGCCCGGCACGCUUCUCCACGUUUGCCUGGAGGACCUUGGCCGGAUUGGCGCUACGGGCGUCCAACACACAUGGCAUCUGCUAGCCACAUGGCAUCUGCUAGCCACAUGGCACCCUCAGUUUGAAUCUUUUGCAGAGAUAGGUUGGGGGAUGUGAGGAAUAUAAUUCACCCCCUCAAUUAACAGGAUUUCCCUGUACUGUCUAUUAUAAACUGAUGUGAUCCAAAGUAUGUUAUUUUAAAUGAUUCAUCAAAAUGCCCCCCAUUGAAUUACAUCAGGCAAUGAUUGACAGAAUAUUGAGAUUCCCAUUAUUACAGGAUUCAUUAAAGACUGGAAAAUAAACCUUGUUUAUUAUGUAAUAUUUAGAUAAAUAUUAAGUUGUGUGAUCGUUGGAAUGCUCUUUCCCAUGAGGCAGCCUCUCAUAUGACAGUGUUUCUUAACCCCAGUACCUCGGGAGUCCCCACAACUACUCAAGCUCUUGAUCAUUAGUUGCGUAGCUGAAUCAGGUGUGCUGUCGCUGGGCUAAAACAUAUUUAAGAAACCUUAGGGAGGCCCGCUUGGACUGGAGAUGAAUAACAUAGUUCCCUUAGGGACACAAUGUGACAGCACAACACCUACACAGAGACAGACAGGCAGACCGACAGACAGACAGACAGAGGGCAUGACUCAUCAGUAUCUUUUAUAACAUUGUCCCCAGGCUAAGAGAGAGGGAGACAGCCAGCUGGUGGAGGAGACCUAUAUAUUUUGUAACACUAGUCUCGGGCGGGCCAAGUUUUUUUUCGGGCCGCCUAUGAAUAAAAUACAAAUAUAUUUUUUGUCAGUGUUAUCUAAUAUUUAUUAAUUCCAUUAUUUUAUUUCUCGAUGUGUGUAUUGUUGUGAAUUGUUUUUAGAUACAACUGCACUGUUCGAGCUAGGAACACAAGCAUUUUCUCUUCACCCGCAAUAACAUCUGCUAAAUAUGUGUAUGUGACCAAUAACAUCUGCUAAAUAUGUGUAUGUGACCAAUACAACUUCUUUUAAUUUAAUUGACUUAAACCAGAUAUAAAGUAUGUAGAAAAGAUAAUGGGCCUAUAUAUUUAUAAACAGGAUUAUAUUUGAGAACUAACAAUCACUGAAAUAAAAGCUAGACAGUCAGGGAGAAUAAAAAAAAUAAUUAAUGGAUUUUGUUUUUGUUCAGAUAGCAUAAACAUGGCAAAAUGUGUAGAAUUGUAGGACCAUUUUCUUAGAAAAAAAAGAGCCUCAUUGCAAAAUGUGUAGAAUUGUAGGACCAUUUUCUUAGAAAAAAAAGUCAGCCUCAUUACAAAAUGUGUAGAAUUGCGGCAACUUUGCUUUAGAACAGCUACAUUUAGUCACUGGAGCCAACAGGAAGGCCUCUAAGUAUUUGUUAGUUCUCAAAGAUAAUAAAGUUCCUGUAAUUCUACACAUUUUGCAAUGAGGCUGACUUUUUUCUUUUAAGAAAAUGUCCUACAAUUCUACACAUUUUGCCAUGGUUUGUACCAUCUGAGUGACUCAAACAACAAAAUUCAUUUAAUUAUUUUUUUCUAAACUCAGAUAGCAUAAACAUGGCAAAAUGUGUAGAAUUGUAGGACCAUUUUCUUAGAAAAAAAAGUCAGCCUCAUUGCAAAAUGUGUAGAAUUGCGGCAACUUUGCUUUAGAACAGCUACAUUUAGUCACUGGAGCCAACAGGAAGGCCUCUAAGUAUUUGUUAGUUCUCAAAGAUAAUAAAGUUCCUGUAAUUCUACACAUUUUGCAAUGAGGCUGACUUUUUUCUUUUAAGAAAAUGUCCUACAAUUCUACACAUUUUGCCAUGGUUUGUACCAUCUGAGUGACUCAAACAACAAAAUUCAUUUAAUUAUUUUUUUAUUCUCCCUGACUGUCUAGCUUUUAUUUCAGUGAUUAAGUCAACAGCUGCACCAUUGGCCAUGCCCUCCACCUAAACCCCAUUGGCCAUGCCCUCCACCUAAACCCCAUUGGCCAUGCCCUCCACCUAAACCCCAUUGGCCAUGCCCUCCACCUAAACCCCAUUGGCCAUGCCCUCCACCUAAAACCCAUUGGCCAUGCCCUCCACCUAAACCCCAUUGGCCAUGCCCUCCACCUAAACCCCAUUGGCCAUGCCCUCCACCUAAAACCCAUUGGCCAUGCCCUCCACCUAAACCCCAUUUGAAUCCAGAAAAAGCCCGCUCUGUAUAAUCCAUCACCCUCGCAAUAGAAUAAAAGUGUUAGCACAUUCUUGAAAUGAGACAAACCGGUUACUGUGUGGUUUUCCUUUUACUUUCAACACUGUGAAAAUGGCAUUUUCAACAAGCACAAAUUCCUAUUGAAAGAUUCAUGUGACAGUUUGGCUGCUUCCCAAUUCUUUACCCUUUUCCCAAAGUGUGCACUUUUACACUCCACAUCAUAGAUUUAACAAUGGUGGAAAGUCUGUCUAGCAAAGGAUUUGACCAAUCCACAAUUCUUUUAAAUCCAUGACUGUUCAUGUGUGGAAGUGCACACUGGGAGACGGGUGGAGAAUGGCGACGCAGCCUUGGAUUCCGUGUGCAGAGAAUGAUCGUGAUAUCUAGGUCAAUGGCUCUUGGAGCACAUUCAGACUUCAUCUCUAAAUGGGGGAAAUAUUAAUUCAGUCUCUAAACUAUAUAAAAACAAAAUAAUUUGGCAUGCACUCGUUUUAUUAUUUAUUUUGAAUAAAGUGUGUGGGCAUGUUCUGUAAAUAGAAUGGGUCUAUGUUGACAUAGGUUUUUGGUCAACUGACACAGAGUUAGUCAACAUUGACAAAAAGCACAUGAUGUUUGAUCGAGAGGGAUGUUUGAUCUAGAGUUAGUGGAUGGCUUUAAUCCAUAUGUCAUACUGACGUGACAUUUCUACUGGGAUUAUACGAUGUAUAUCAUUUCCACUAAAAAGGAUUGAUAUGACAGAAUAAAUAAUCCAAGGCUGUUUCUGAAUGGAUACAUCAUUUAUUGUUGUUAUGUUAAUACAGUAUUUAAAACAUGA